AUGGCUGACAAGAGCCCCGGGAAAAACAACCUGCCUCCCAGGGCGGUGAUGAACGCGGCCGCACCGAAAAGCACAAACGCUCGCUGCUCAGCAAGGUGUCCUUCUUCGAGCAGGUGUGGUGGGGGCAGGAACAGGUCACCCUCGCUGGAGCGGGCGGCGCCCUGUGUCGAGGGGGAGGGCACCAAAUCGCCGGAAGUUGAGAUGGCUGAGGAAGUGUUCGCCGAAUGGAGUGAGGGACCUGGGCAGGAAAAGCGGCUUCGCCGGGAUGGCGCCAGCCCACCCAGAGAAGCGACCCCCCCGGGCGGGUCCUCCUCCCGGAGUGAGGAUGAGUGGGAGUUUGUGGAGGGCCCCGACACAUCCACGCUGGCCGAGGACAUCGAGCGGCGCCUUGAGGAGCGGCGAAGGAUGAGAUCUGGCAGUGACAUGUCUCCCACCCGAGAGUGGGACACCAUCGAGCAGCGACUGGAGCGUCACCGUCAGGAGGUUCGCCAGCGACUGGCCUCCCCGACACCUGACUGGCCUCAGCUGCGCCGCUCCCCGGUGCCGAGGUCCAGCCGCGACACCAGCCUGGAGAGGGACACGCCCGUCCGCAGCCGUGCCGCCAGCGGGGGAGAGACGGGGAAGCAGGGAGAGCAGCCUGUCACCCAGGCGUCAUCCCUGACGGAGAGCCCCGCGUUGAGGACUCAGUCCACCAGCAAAGACCUCGAAGAAGAAGACCCUGCAAGUGUCGGCCAGGAAGGUUACCAACGCGUCGAGGAAGAGGAGCGGGAGAGCGUUGAGAGCGGCGCACGGAAAAGAUACAGCCGUGUGGUCGUUCACCGCACGACCGAGCGAACCGUCUCCUCCACGCCCUCGCCGGAGCCUUCGGAGCACCUGCCGUCAGAACGAGCUGCUACAUCCCCGCCUCCUGACUCUCCAGACUCCCACAGCGCCCGUAGCAGGACUCCGUCAGGGCCCAGGACGCGCCACCCGCUCGAGAACACCUUCAGUCGAACGGAUCCUGGAAGUGGAAGAAGACGACUCCUCCGUCGCCUCUGGAAAGUCGCGCACUGA